UCUAUAAAUAAGCUCAGCUCUCCUAACUAUCACAACACCUCCCCACCCCCGUCCUGCUUCUGCCCGGUCCGAGAAAAGCACAACCUCAAAAGCUGAUGGAGCAAAGGCGGCAGAACAUGAAGUCUCUGCGCUUCCUGGCAGCUGAGGCCUUCAUCCAGACUGGUCCGAGCGCUUUAAGGAACCUCAGCUGUGUGUCUUUUAAUCUCUACCCACUCCUCUUCAAGGCCUGCUAUCUCCACGAGAAGGCUGAACUCCUGCAUGCCUUGGUCCAGACGUGGCCUCUUUCAGAGCUCAACCUUCAAAGACUUCUGGGAAAGACCAUCGACUGUCAGGUGGACCUGACCUCCUGCACCUGUCGACUCUGUCUCCAGGCAGUCCUCACAGGUCUAAAGGACUACGUGUUAUCUCCUCCAAGAACUUAUGCCAAGAAUCUACACGUCGUGGACCUGACUGCCCUCAAAGACAUUGAGCAUCAAACUUGCCCAUGCAAGUCCACUUUGGGACGAUGGGCUCGAACUCUGCUCCUGACCCAGAUGUGCUACGAAACAAUGGUGGCCAUGCAGGCCAGCGAUGUGACCCAGUCUGCCUUUGAAACAUCCAUCGACAUCCGUCUGAAUGGCUUCGUCACGGGUCGCAACUACGAUCCGGUGGCUCAGGCCUUCCUGCUGCUCCGCUGCUGCCCCCUAAAGCUUCACUUUGUUGGUUUUAGAGCCGAUUCCCUCAGUCUCAAGCAACUCUUCUACGUCCUUCGCCUAGCUGAGCCGGAGGCUAUCACAAAGCUGGAGGUGGUCCACAAUGUUCCCCUUGAGGCCUUUCACCUGGAGGUGCUGCUGUCCAAAGUGGACUUCCCAAAGCUAAAGUCUCUAACUCUGCCAGCCGGAGCAUUGGACAUAAGGAAGCUCGGAUCUGAUGAGGAAGAUCUUCUGGCAACUCUUGGCAACCUACUGGGACAACUCAAAAGCCUCUCUGAGCUUUACGUGGGGUUCUCAAUGCUCACUGGACAUCUUCGAAGACUGCUAUAUCCACUCACCACUCCACUGCAGCGCCUGGAGCUGGCCAACUGCUGCCUGAACCGCGUGGACAUGACCUACCUGUCCAACAGCCUCCACAGCGAGAACCUGGUCCAGCUGGACAUCAGCGGACACGACAUCUUUGGCUCGUUCUCCACUGCCUUCCACAAACUGCUGAACCGCUGCUCGGCGACCCUCACGAACCUCACCCUCGAGGAGUGCGACAUCAAAGAUGAACACAUGUCCGCUUUCCUCAGUGCCCUGUCUCCCUGUCAGGAGCUGGAGGAGCUGAAACUCCUGGGGAACCCUCUCACCUCCAGCGCCCUGCAGAGGUUAUUCUCCACACUAGCAACAGGGUUUCCUAAUUUAAGGUAUGUGGAGAUACCCAUACCCCGCGAGUGCUACUCCGAGGACACGGCUUAUCCUCUGGAGGACUCUGUCUUGCUGAACUACAACAGAGACCUGUUUCAGGAGAUCAAGAGGCAGCUGCUGGCCAUCCUAGAGGGAGCCGACAGAGGCACGGUGGAGGUGUGCACCCCCCUGAUGGGGACCUAUGAUCCAGACAUCAAUGAAACCAGCAAUGAACUCGGGGUUUCCUUGUUGAAAUCUUUUAACGUUGUCAUUGGAAACUUCAUAAACACCGUAACAGAUGUGGACAACAGGAGGUCACAGACUCAACGGCAUAACUGAUGACAUUUUCUGGUGAGCAGAAGACGAGGACGUGGUUUUUGUACACAUUUUAGGUCUUCUGUCGAAUCAAGGGCCAACACUGCACAUAAAUCUAAUAAGCUGAAGCCAUGUCACUAAUUAAUCAUGUUCCAUGUUCCUCCUGUUGUCUGAGUGCAGAUUAAUCAGGUUUAGUUGGAAUCAUCCAGACUUCUCUUGCUUUCCUUGAAGACGUUUCGCCUGGUUGUUUCCACCUAAACCUUCAAGAUUACCAUACCCUGGAUGACUGAGAAUGUAAACAAACGUAAUAAAUCUUCUUUCCGGAACUGCGCUGCUCUGGGUGGCUGCAUGUUGGAGUAGCUCUGUUGACUAUAUGUAAGUUUUGCCUUUUCUUGGGCAUUUUUUCUUCUAGUUUAUCGAGAAAAACUGUAUAUUUUUGGACACUUUACUUUUCUGUUUCUGGUGCUGUGAAGCUUGGAGGAUUUUUACAGCAAAUUUUUUUUAGCUUUUUUCACUUUUUGAGCAUUUGCUAUGAUGCGUAACCAUGGCAACAAGCUGGUUUACAAUCGGGAGCAGCUGAUUAACACAGGAAAGGCUGAAAUAAUACCUCAACUGAAGCCACAAAUCCCAAAUGAGCUACAAUGCAAGAAGCGUGGGUGCAGAGCGGGAGCAAAACGGAGACAGAGAAAGAGGAAAUUCAAACCAUCUCUUCCAUUGAUCAUAAUGGGCAAUGUGAGAUCACUGGCCAACAAGAUGGAGGAACUCCAAGCCCUUUCAAGGACUCGGCCAGAGUUUCGGAACCACUGGAGGAGAUAAUGCAAAGGAUUCUCCAGAGAAUCAAGAAAAUGAUGGACAACCCUGAGCAUUCUCUUCACAAGACUGUCCGACAACGGAAGAGUGUCUUCAGUCAGAGGCUUCUUCAGUUUCGCUGCAACACUGACCGCUACUGGAGAUCCUUCCUAGCAACAGCCAUUGUAAUAUACAACAACUCUUUGAUGGCUUGAUUAUUAUUAUUAUUCUGAGCUUCUACAGCAAUCUAUUUCCCUCUGGGAUUAAUAAAGUAUUUUUGAAUUGAAUUAAAAUUAAUAAUAAAUAUACCGUGACCUGUAAAUGACAGAUUCUGUUUUAACAAAAGAUAUUUUUCAUUGUGUUGCACCAAUAAACGACAUUUACAAACAGG